AUGGCUUUCAUUUUACCAUCACGACUAGCCGAGGUAACAGCCAAAGAAAAGGCGUCGCCGUGCCCCGCAACUAAUUCAUGGGUUACUGUCCGACUUGCCAAGGAAGAGACGGUGGCAAGCAAGUUACAGAUUUUCGUAGAGCGUACGACCAUUAUUGUUGUUGCUGCGACUCAAUCACCACCACCAGCGCCUGCUACCAUUGUAAUUGCCCAAACAAGUAAAGUCAUGUUUGUUUCAAUCGACAUCCAAUUUGAGAGAGCAACAGAUGAGACCCACGCUGCUGCAAAAGGGCAGCCAUCUGAAACCGCACGUGUUUUUCCCGUUGUCGGCAAUCUUAACAUGGUCCUUAAGCCAUCUGAACCAUAG